AAAAAAAUACAAAAUCAACUUCUAGAGCACUUUUUCGUGUAUGGAUUGUGGUCUAAUGUUCCUUUUUUCUGAAAGUGUCGUGUCCGAUUGUCGUUGUAUCCAAAUCAUAAAUUUGUACCACCACUCCCUGGACACCCUGUAUAAUACUACUGCUAACCACUACUAACUAGAGAUUAGACGCGAGAGAGCAUGUGAGAUUGUGAGAGCAGCAGACGAUACAGAGAUGAAUAGGGAUGAAAUCCUGAAGUAUUCGGGGGUGAAGAGAGUUGAGGGAAAGACAGAAAGCGGUUUGGGAACGAUGGAAUGCAGGGUAGAAAGAGAGAAAACGCGAAUGUAGGAUAGAGAGAGAGACAGAAGACUGGUUUGGGUUCGCUUCAUCGCUUGAGCAGCGUUUGUAGCCAUGUACAACGUACAAUACAUAGGUUAACGUCCAGUUUCACAAUAUUAUGAAAAUACGAAAGUUCACAUUUUAGAAAAAAAGGUGUUUUUGUGGUGAAAUAAAUAAUAUUUAAUGCAGUCCUGAAAAUCAUCCACAAUGGACCCUAGAGGAAUAUACGAUUCGCAAGUUCAAAAUGAAACAUCGUCGGACAAGUUUGUGCUCCAUGCCAGAUUGCCAAGCUUACAACAGAUGGCGUACAACCAAAUAGCCAUUGCAGUGUGGUAUAGAUAUUGUUCAACUCCACGCCAACGAGACUAUGGACAAAUUCAACUUCCAGACUCGAUAGAUAGAGUAGAACUAGUGAAUUGCCAUAAACUGGUAAGAACAUUGGAAAUGCCUACAUUUAUGAAAGAAAUCAUGAGAAAAUAUUUAAAGAGAGUUCGUGAAGAAACAAUUAGUUGCACUAGAUUGUUCCAAUACGAGUUAUUUUCAGAAAACUUGCAGGCGUAUCGAAUCCCUCAAGUUGAUUGGGAAUAUUUUGUGUGGAGUCCAGAUGGUAGAAUCAAUUAUAAAACCACCGCCAUCAAAAUGCUACAUUCGGGCGUGUUGACUGAGGUGCAAAAGUUCGCCAUCGUCAGCAAUUUCUGUCUGGAAAAUGAGAUCACAAUCUGCGAUCUGAAUCAUCCUCUUAUGGAGACCUUUAUCCCAAAAGUGAACAGAGCCCGGGAUCCGUUAUUGUUUUACUGGAUCUGCUACCUGAAGAACGAAUUACACAGAAUUGGACCAUCCUUCCUUCGUUCAGCUGACCAUCAUGGUAGAUUACAUUUGAUAUACAAAAAUAAGAAUCACUGCGAAGCGUUCGAUUAUUUCUGGAAUCAUUUGAGUGCUGAAGAUCAAGUAUCCUUUAUAAGUGGCAGAUUAGGUAGAUUUGAGCGUUAUCGCUUGCAUUAUAGUCUCUUUUGUAAGAUGUCACAUGAUCAAUUAUCAAAUUUACUGUUCCAUCGACCAGUUGGUGUGAUAUUAUUUUUUCUCAACAAAAUUGAAAUGCCCGAGUGGGCAAUUAUGGCUUGGAAGCGGUGUAAACAUCGGAUAUCUAAUGAGCAAUUUGUUAACUUGCUGGAGAGCGUAUUUGACAGGUGGGACAAUAAUCCUAUCCCUAUCCUUCGCCAAGAGUACAAAAUGAGUGUUUUAUUGGAAAUUUGGAAUACGGCCAGUGAUCACCAGAAGAAUUAUGCAGCGAGACAGGCCCAAUUAAAAGAAACUCUGGUUCAUCCUAUCUUGUAUUACCGGAAAAGACUGGCACCCAGUAGUUUGAAAUUUCUACUGAAAUUUUUAUCUUUCACAAGUGCGCAAUUCAGAAAAAAUCUGAUUCUCGAAGGUGAUCCCUCAUUUAUAUUUUAUUUCGAUUUCAACGCGGUACUUAAAAUAUUUGAGUUAUGCUUGCCAAAUUCCCGAGGUAAGGUGGAAUUGAAAAUUGAACGGAUUAAAUACAUAAUUCAUCCUUAUUUUUGUAAAAUUUUAUACACCGUAGAAGAAUACGACGAAUUGAAUAGAAGAUUGAUUCGUUCCAUUCAAAACUUGAAUAUUUCUUCGAAAGAUACUCUAGAAAAUUUCAUCGAGUCAUUGGCCAUAGUCAAUAAAAGAGGAUAUAACCAAACUUAUUAUACCUCUGACUUGGCAAGAUUGAGUAAAUUCGUCGCCAAAAUUCUGCAUGUAAAUGUGUCUACAGUGUUGAAAAUGAAAGAAUCGUAUUUUUCCCGAUCAUUUUCCGCCAACAGUGAUCUAUGUGAACGGUACGGUAGCUUGAAUGAAUUGAGCAAACUAAUUGAGCAGGAGUUUGUACACGAACAUUUGCAAGAGUUGAAAAACCGAUUAGCUGAAAAACUUCAAGCAGCAAGUGUUUACCAAUGGGGUUGGUAUCUGUCUGGAUAUGAAAUGUUCACCCAUCUUUUUUCGUGGUGCUUUGAAAAUGAAGAAGAAAUGCGUUUACAAGUUAAACGUUUUAUACCAAUUAACGAUAUUAUUUGCGAGUUUUUAGAAAAAAUUGGUUUCCGAAUCGCGUAUUUCAAUAGCUUGGAUAGAUUUGUGGAGUGGUACUGCUUCGGUGUAGAGGAAGAAAUUGUAUCUUUUAAAUUAGGUUUAAUAAAUGAUCCUGAGAUUACUAAAUCAAUAGAAAUCGUACAGAAAUACGACACGCGGUUUCGUAUAAAGUUUUUGCAGUGGGUUGGCCACCCUAUUGAACUCCAUGCUAAAACUAAAAGUAGUACUUAUGGCAGCACAUGCACAUAUUGUUUCUUUUCUCUUUUAUUCGCUGUUUUAUCCGUAAUAUUGGUGCAUCUCGUAAGCUAAUGCAUCAUGCCCAUUAGGCUUAUUUAUGAGUUUAAUCAUCCAUGACAAACUUGUUCCAGAAGCUCUAAAACUUACUUAGUUAAAAGAUAGAUGCACAUGUGUACCUCUACCUACUUAUGUAAGUAUACAUUUUUAAAAUCUCACUAUGGUGUGUAGGAUACAAUGUAUAAGUAUAUUUUGUAAUUCAUAAUAAAAAUUCCAAUGUCAGUAUUUGGUAUUUAGGAAGUUUUGGUCGCGAUUCUUUUUUAUAAUUUUCAAUAAUUUAUUUCUUGCAGAAAUGUUAGCAAAAUUUCGCUGAUUUUUGUUUUGUGUUUUUAAUAAUAAUAAGUUGUUUUGUGUAAUUUUAUUAAAUUUUAAUUAAAACUUUUCAAUGUUUCAUCAACUUUCGAUGUUCUUAAUCAUUUUUCAUGUCAUUUCACCAAAUUUUUUGGCAAAAUUUUGCUCAAUUUUCUUGAUUUUUUAACAAUUUUUGUUAAUUUUUACAACUGAUGAGUAGUUACUUACCUAUAGUUUGGCAUUUUUGUUGCUCAUUUCAUUGAAUUUUGAUGAAUAAAUUAGAUCAAU